AUGGCAUUUUACUCCCAAGACGAUUCAGCGGAUGAUUAUCUUUUCAAGAUUGUUCUGAUUGGUGAUUCGGCUGUUGGGAAAUCAAAUCUGCUUGCUAGAUUUGCUAGAGAUGAGUUUUACCCUAAUUCAAAAUCAACAAUUGGGGUAGAAUUUCAAACACAAAAGAUUGAAAUUAAAGGGAAAGAAAUUAAGGCCCAAAUUUGGGAUACAGCUGGACAAGAAAGGUUUAGAGCAGUUACAUCUGCAUAUUAUAGAGGGGCAGUUGGAGCUCUUUUGGUGUAUGAUAUUACCAGACGCAGGACUUUUGAUAGUAUUGGAAGAUGGCUUAAUGAACUUCAUACACAUUCGGACAUGAAUGUAGUUUCAAUACUUGUGGGUAACAAAUCAGACCUUAAAGAUGCACGUGAGGUUUCUAUGGAGGAAGGAAAAUCGUUGGCUGAAUCUGAGGGAUUAUUUUUUAUGGAAACUUCGGCUCUUGAUUCAUCAAAUGUAAUUACUGCUUUUGAGAUGGUAGUAAAAGAGAUUUAUAAUAUUUUGAGCAGGAAAGUUAUGGAGGUCAAGAAACCCGAGCCUUCAUUAUCAGGAACUGGAAAAACGGUUGUUUUGGAAACGGAUUCGGAUCAAGAGAAUGUAACUAAAAAAGCGUGGUGUUGUUCAUCUUAG